AGUUGCUCCAGCAGCUGGCCUGCCCCUCCAGGGUGAGCUCUGGGCUCCGUAUAUAAGGGAAGGAGCAGCCCUUGCUUUUCAUCCCUCCGAUCGCUCCCGGCUGGGCGCAGGACUCAUCCCGCACCUCCGCAAAUCGCAGCGCGAUGCCGCUCAGGAAACCCGAGGCGAAGAAGGAAGCAGCCAAAGCAGCUCCAGGCUCGGAGCCUGCCUUCGAUCCCAAGAGCGUGAAGAUUGAAUUCACGGCAGAGCAGAUUGAAGAGUUCAGAGAAGCCUUCGGGCUGUUUGACCGGACGCCUGCGGGGACGAUGCAGAUCAGCUACGGGCAGUGCGGGGACGUGCUGCGGGCGCUGGGCCACAACCCCACCAACGCUGAGGUCCUCAAGGUGCUGGGCAAGCCCAAACCAGAAGAAAUGAACACAAAGAUGCUGGACUUUGAGACCUUCCUCCCCAUCCUGCAGCACUUCACCCGCAACAAGGAGCAGAGCACCUUCGAGGACUUUGUGGAGGGGCUGCGAGUCUUCGACAAGGAGGGCAACGGGAUGGUCAUGGGGGCCGAGCUGCGCCACGUGCUGGUCACACUGGGAGAGAAGAUGACGGAAAGCGAGGUGGAGCAGCUCAUGGCAGGGCAGGAAGACGCCAACGGCUGCAUCAACUAUGAAGCUUUUGUCAAGCACAUCAUGUCUGGCUGAAGUGAGAAACUUCAGGCUCUCAGAGGCACCACGAGGAGAUUGCUCCAGUCGUGUCCUUUCCCUGGGAUGUCUGGCCUGAGCCCUCCUGAAGCAUUGCCCACCACAAGCCUGGUAUUCAAUGACAUAUCUGCAACUAGGUUUUAAAGUCGCUCUUUUCAGGUUUUCCCUGUGACAUUUGUCUCAUUAAAUUUCAUUCCUUCCUCCCUUA